AUGGCAGCGCUCGUGGACACGAGAUGUGUGUUUCUGAAAUUCAAGGUCUUUCCACAUCUGAUACCCCGCAGAUUCCGAGUUAAAAAGAAAUGGGCUGCCACUCUUCCCAGGAUCACCUCCACCAAGCUGGCUUUGCAGAACUUCGACGUGAAUUACGGCACGCAGUUUGGGGAGCGCUGGCCUUCGAUCCGGGUCAGCCUUCUGUCAGAGCAGAAGUACGGCGCACUGAUCAACAACUUCUCCUCGGCAGAGGAAUUGAUAAAGGGGCUGGAGCUCCAGGGGGCCAGGGACUUUGUAUACGAGGCUCAGGCUAGAACCUGGAGUCCAGGAUCAGUGUCAGGCAAGCCUCUGGGAGACGAGAAGUUAGAAUGGAGCAGCUCAUUGGCAGCUGGACAGUCAGGCAAUGAGGUUCCAUUGUCCAGUCAGGUGGGUGAGGGCGUGGAGAUGGCAGCUGCCACUGAACCACCUAGUCUGAGCCCAAAUAUAAAGUGCUUCACGUUUCCGAAAGGAGACAUCACUGCCUUCAGUCCUGCCAGGCUGGAUGGCUCUGGGCUUCUUGGAUACUAUCUGCUGGACGCUGCCUCGGUUUUGCCAGUCCUGGCUCUGGAUGUCCAGCCAGGUCACACAGUUCUUGACCUCUGUGCAGCACCGGGUGGGAAGACCCUGGCCAUCAUCCAGACCCAGGCCUGUUGGCGGCUUGCAGCGAACGACUCCUCUGUGUCUCGCACUGGUCGGCUUCGAAGGAUCCUGCAGAGCUACAUUCCCAGGGAGCACAGCACAGAGGACAGGGUUCGCAUCACUUCCUUUGAUGGCAGGAGGUGGGGUGAGCUGGAGAGUAACACGUUUGACAGAGUGCUGGUGGACGUCCCCUGUACCACAGAUAGGCACUCACUGCUGGAGGAAGAAAAUAACAUCUUCACACGCUCACGGAGCAAAGAGAGACAGACGCUGCCCCUGCUGCAGUCUCAGCUCCUGCUGGCAGGGAUCAAGGCUGCGCUGCCAGGAGGAGUGGUGCUCUACUCCACCUGCACACUGUCCCAGCUGCAGAACGAGUAUGUGGUGGAGAGAGCUGUGCAGGCGGCCCAGGAGGAGCUGGGAGUGACUGUGCACAUCGAGGACCUGUCCCCCCUCACACAGCUCUUCAGAGACACCUUUCACUUCGCCCAGGGCAUGCGGCUGGGGGAGCUGGUUUUGCCACACCUCACCUCCAACUUUGGACCCACUUACUUCUGCAAGCUGCGCCGCAUUAAUUAGGGAUAGGACAUGGCUAGACCAUGUAGCAAGGCUGAAGCUUAGAUUGAAGUAACAAUAGUGGAUGUGGCCCUUUUAUGAACUGGUUGGUUACUCACUGUUUAGCUUCAAAUGUGCGAUUGUUUAAGCAGGGCACAAGAUCCAAGGGUCAUUUGCACCAAAUCACCCAGUGACAUACAUGCACGACUUGCAUUUACAGGAAAUGAAUUUUAUUAAAAAUCAGGUCAGUACUUUAGGGGGUUGAUCAUUUUGUUAAGCCAGGCUAGAAACUGCAAAUCCAACUGACUCACUGUGACCCUGAGCAAGUCACUUAACCUCCUUGUCCUCUGUCUUUCGGGUGAGAAGUUGUUGCAAGAGACUCUGCUACUGAUGCAUAGUUCACACACCUUAGUCUCUGUAAGUCGCCUUGGAUAAAGGCAUCUGCUAAAUAAACAAAUAAAAAAAGAAAAUGGAGGGUUUGACAUGAAAUCAAUGAAUACCAAGGAGAAAUUGCUGUAAAAAAGAGGUGAAUAAUGUAUGUGCUGCUAGAUAAUGUUUCAUCACGUGCACUGUACUGAAAGUUUAUCCACAAGCCUGCUGUUCUGCCACUGUUGCUGACAGAUCAGUUUCAAGUGCUCAAUAUUUGAAGAAUGACUUUCCAGAAAUGCUUGCAUGGAUUUGGGACUGGAGAUGGUCUGGGCUACUGGGACCAAGAGCCUUGAUGGUGCUACCCAAGUAUUAAAACACUUACUGUAAAUUAAUAUCGACAUGUAUUGUAUGCAAUUUGGAGGAAAAAUAUUGAAUGAAAUGUUUAUGAACACCACUGUCCCGGCUUGUCACAAAGACGGCUGUGUGGGUGACAUCAGACCAGAAGCAG